AUGCUGCGCUUCGACCCAGACGGCAUCUUUGGCCAGGUGCGGUACCAGCGCACAGAGUGUACCUCCCCCUCCGCCUGGCGCGCCAGCGCGCCCAUAGAUAUCCAAUAUACACUGUCGGGCAGAUCGUUGACAGUCGACAACGUCGCAUCCCUGGCAUAUGCCAAGGAAGAUGUAGUAUAUAACUGCUGCGGGCUGCCUCUUCGCCAGCUGUACGAGAUCGUCGAACACAUAGAGAAGGCACACGCUAUAUCCCGCAUCGGGUCAACCUCCCCUCCUAAUCCGUUCAAUCAACUAGAGGAGCGCUUAUAUCCGGCCGCCAAGGAGGCCAACUCGUUCCCUGCGUGUCAACCCUCAUAUUCAGACCUUAAUUCCACACUUGAACCGUGGGAUUGCGACCUCAAUGACCGGAUGAGGCUUGAUGUUCAGUCUCUACUCUCAUUCGAUGCUAUGCAUUGCGAUGAAGGGCACACCGCUGUACACACGCCUGUCCAAGCAUCCGUGCCAGAAAAGAUUUCUGGCGCCCCCGGUCUCAGUCUCGACGAACCGUCGAAGCAAGACGCAAUGAAAAUAACGCCCCGGGACGAAACCGCCCCAUCCGCAGGACGGGACUCCCCUCUCACUGCCAUUACCACCUCCACUCCUAGCGUUGCGCCGGUGCUUGACACUGCAGGCCCCAGCUCAGCGCGAGCCGAUGGCAGGAUCACCAUACGUCCGCAACACAAGCCCUGCAAAGCCUUCCAUUGUCCCGAUGUGGGUUGCCGCAAGUCGUACAAAUGCGAUUCCAAACUGGGAUAUCAUUGGCAACGCGGGUCAUGUCCCCACGCUCCAAGCACGGACUUCCAAACCGACACAAAACACGCCUCCAAGAAACAAUACACUACUAUGAUUGAUGUCAAUCCUAAAGGCAUCAUCACUGCCGACGAGGCCCUUCGUCCGAUCGAAUGCGCCGUCGGCAUUUGCACGCGCCGGUACACGCACAUCAACGGGCUCCGCAAGCACUUCCGCCGUUCGGGGGAGCAUGGCGUGGAAGGAUUCCGCUUGAUUGCGUCUGGGGAGCACCCAUCUCUUAAACUCCAGAGCCGUCGUGGACGCGAAGCCGCGCAGGCGGCAGCGGUCGUAUCACUGGAGACCAUAAGAACUCGCGACUGGCAGGCGCGUCAAUCGAACGCGGUAUGA